AUGAAACGAUUUCGGUGGGGACGUGCUGAUGACCUUGAGCUGAUCGACUUUAUAUACCAAUCUCUAAAAUGCUCUGACCCGAAGAUAAGAGAUGCUGCCAGGAAAUGCAAGGGCAAGCAGAUCUGGACCUUAUUUGUCGCGAAAUCGACACGUAUACAGAAUUGGGAAACGGCUCAAUCUAGGUUUCGAAAGGGGAUAAUGCCGAAUAUUCAAGAAUAUGGGCUAAGUGAAGAUAAGAUGACGUAUCUUUUGCUGAAUUUGACGUUUCCUGUGACAAUGGAACAGAAAGAAAGGAUCGAGAAGCUCUACAAUUGCUCACUAAGCCUAAACGAGAACAAGGAAAUAAUGGAUUGUAUUACACUCAUAGAUAAGCCGGCAGGUGCUGCGGAGAAGACCCCGGAGAAAAGUCAAAAUACCGAUGUAGAUUUUCCAAUGACGGAGAUACAGAUUCCGAACGUCGAUCUACCAAAUGACGCGGAGAAGGAAAAUUCUUGGGUGGAGGAGCCCGAAGACGCUUCUCAGAUAGAGAUGAACUCGUCUCAACUGAAUACCACUUCCCAAAGUGUUGCCGUAACCGAGCUGGAUAUCGAGAAUGAGUACGAUUCCUUGGCACCUACAACAUCCGAGGAUUGGUAUAUGCCCGUCGCCGAGUUUGCCCGCUCAAGAAGGAUGCAGACGCCGUUGAGCGCCAAGAGAGUAGCGCAGAAACGCCCGAUCCUGACACUGAGCGCCGUUUCAACAGUUAUGGUACCACCUACGCUAAUACUCCCACCCACCUGCCCCUUGAAGCUCGACCGAUCAGAAACACAGGCUUGUACUGAGGAAAGAAGUGGACUUUCCGUGCAACCAUCAUUCUCCUACCAAAGCGAGCCAACAGAUAAGCUCCAAUUCUAUAUUCCCAAGCCGCUUGACGAAAACAAGCACUGGCUUGAUGAACCAACGCGUAAAGACGAGAUGAAGAAAUUGGCUGAUACCUUACAAUCUUCGGGCGCAUACAUUCUUGCUAAAGAAAGUAUGCAGUUGGUCACAGAAUACGAGCACGAGGCUGCAGAAAGCAGUGACUGUUUAUUGGCCUAUUUUGCGGCGUUGGCGGCUACAAGGGAUCAUAUUUUGGAAGAGAUGACGAUUAACGAUCUGCUCGAGGCAGGGUUGGCUAACGAAGUACACCAGAACCCAUGUCACGAGCAACCAAAUCCCAUCAGCGGCCAGGAGUGGCAUAAAGAAUUUUCGUCGACAGAGCGAGCGAAUUAUAUUCAGGAAUGUAUGGAGCUGAUAAAAGACCUCCCACCGGCCGUUGCACAACACAUGACGGCACUCACCAUCGAAUUGGAGGCUUCUUUAUGUGAAUCCGUCGCUAAUAAGGAGGCAUACUACGCGAAUAUUCAGCAAUUGAAGGAGCUGCUUACAAGAAAGGCAGAACUAUUUCCCGUUCAG